GAAAUUCAUAGAUUUAUCAUUGCCAACAUUGUUUAACGACGACAUCAAUCCAAACACCUCUCACGCCUCUUUAUCUAUCUAAGCGGGGCUUCACUUAGAUUAUCACAGGCUCGAUCGGAUCGAGCCCCGUUUACGCCUUUAGUUUCGACGUAGCUAUUAACAACACUACUAUGGCUCGUAAAGGCAGCACAAAGGUUAGGACGGGCUGCUUAACAUGCAAAAUCCGCAAAGUAAAAUGCGACGAAGGCAAGCCGCACUGCCGGCGCUGUGUGUCUACUGGCCGGAAGUGUGACGGGUAUGUGCAGGCUACAACCUCUUCGGAUCUCACGUGGCACCGCCCGCGUCAUUUAUUCCCAGGAAUCGACAAUGUAGAUGAGAGGAGAGCGCUACAAUUCUUCUGUCAGGCUGCCGGGCCCUCUCUAUCGGGACCGAUGGACCCUUACUUCUGGACCCAUCUGGUAAUGCAAUUCAGCAAUUUCGAGCCCGCUGUUAGACAUUCCGUAGUAGCAAUUAGUUCGCUUUACGAGCGUAUGCAAACUCGGUCACAGUCUGCCCAACGGAUGGUAGACAACAGAUUUGCGCUUAGCCAUUAUAAUUCGGCAAUCCGAGAGUUGAAGUCUAUGAACAACGAGCCCUUGGUGUUACUAGUGUGUAUCUUGUUUGUAUGCAUCGAGUUUUUACAAGAUAACCAAAGGGCAGCCAUACAACAUUGCAAACAUGGAGUCUCUAUCCUGAAGAAUGCCGAGGCUACCUUUCCCUGGACUAAAGAGUAUCUCUCUCCAAUAUUUCGGCGGCUAACCAUCUUCCCCUUCUUCUUCGCGCUAGAUGAAACAAGCUUUCCUAAACUUAUCAAUCUAGAAGACCAAGUUCCAGAAUUGUUCGCUUCCUUUGAAGAGGCGCAAUACUUCAUCGAUGGCAUUUUACUUAGAACUAUCCGCCUCGUUCGAAGCGGAGAUUGUUACCGGCUUGGGGAUAUGCGCCACUGCCCUGUAAACCCAGAUCUCCUAGCAGAGCAGGAUAAGGCUCGGGUUUUACUCGAUGACUGGAACGAUCGCUUCUCGGAUCUGCAAAAGCGUCCUUCGACACCUAUAAGGCCGGAGGAGAUGCUCUGUAGCAUUUUUUUGCGGUAUGAGGUUGCUCGAAUAUGGGUAGAAACAGCGUUCGAAUACGACGAGACGACAUACGACAAGUAUAUUGACAGAUUUCGCUUGAUGGUCGCUACAGCAGCCAAACUACAUUCGUCGAAGGCUCUUGAGCCCGAAAAUCUACGAAACACCCGGAAGUUCAUCUUUGAAAUGGGCUUUGUACCACUGCUUUACUAUAUCGUGAUGAAAUGCCGAUGUCUAAAGACUAGGAUCCAAGCGCUCUCUUUAAUGAAAAGGCUGGGAGCCGCCAAGGAAAACCUCUGGGAAGUGUCUACAAUGCAUGCAGUUGGCCGUCGCAUUGUUGAGAUUGAACACGACGUUCUGCUAGAUGAGAAAGAUAACCCCUUUACAACGCCCGUUUGGCCUGAUCUACCCCCUGAUGAGAUGAGAGUACGAGAUUCUACCACGAGGCCUGCGCUUAGUGUACAGGUCGACGCACGGGACCAGGAGGUUAGAGGGAGGAUGGCUGGGUUCUAUAGGAGGACUGUCGAAGGUGAUAUAUAUCUUCAAACGGAUUUCGUUGCUGAGAUAAUAUGAUGCUUGGGAUGGUUUUUCUUGGAGACCAAGGCGAAUCUAAGAUUUAGAUAAGAUCGAAGAUAUAGUAAUUACUUAUAAUAGAAUUGCCUAGAACCAACUUGGUUAGGG